AUGGAAACAGAGACCGGGUCUACUCCAUCACAUGAAGUUGAUUCCAAUGUAGUGGAAUCUUGCUCUAGAGUAAGGGAAAAGGUUGAUCCGGCUUGGGAACAUUUUAGCCUUGGGUCGGAUGAGAAAGGACGGAAUACUUUUACAUGUGUGUAUUGUAGGCAAACAUAUAAAGGUGGGGGUAUUAAUAGGAUGAAAAAACACCUUGCGGGGAUAAAAGGUGAUAUUGGAUCGUGUAAAAAGGUUUCUCAUGAUGUGAGAUACCAAAUGUUGGAAUAUGUGAAGGAGUUUGAGUUGAAGAAAAAAGCUGAGAAACAACGUCAAGAAGAAAUGUUUAGUGUGCCUUCUACAAAUAGUGAUUUGCAAGAAGAUGAUGAUGUUCAAGAAGUAUUUAGUAGUGGGUUGCCUAAAAAACCUGUUUUAGGUAAAAGAAAGGGUACAAAGUUAGUGGAUAAUUACUUUGCUCCAAGAACUGCUCCAGGAGCUCAGCCUGGUCUUAAAAGUGUAUUCCAAAGCAAAGAAAGGGUGAGGCAAGCUGAUAUGGCUAUUGCAAGGUUUAUGUAUGACAAUUGCAUUCCCUUUAAUGUAGUGAAUUCAGUGUAUUACCAAAUGAUGAUUGAUGCCAUAGCUGCUGCUGGUCCUGGUUACAAAGGUCCAUCUUAUCAUGCUGUACGGGUCCCUUUGUUGAGGGAUAAUAAGAAAGAAGUUCAGUUGUUGGUUGAGUCACAACGUAGGCAUUGGGCAGAAGUUGGAUGUACACUUAUGGCUGAUGGUUGGACAGAUACUAGACAUAGGUCAUUGAUUAAUUUCCUUGUUUAUUGUCCUAGGGGAAUGGUAUUUGUAAAAUCAGUUGAUGCCUCAGAUAUUGUGAAGAAUACCAGAAACUUGUUUAAAUUGUUUGAUGAAGUAGUUACAUGGGUUGGUCCAAAAAACAUAGUUCACUUGGUUACUGAUAAUGCUUCCAACUAUGUAUCUGCUGGUAAAUUGUUGUGUGAAAAGUAUAAAACUAUUAGUUGGUCUCCUUGUGCAGCACAUUGUCUGAAUCUUGUGUUGCAGGAUAUGGGGGAGAUGUCUCAUGUGGAGAGACUAAAAAAUCGUGCAACCAAAGUUACAGUUUUUGUUUAUAAUCAUGUAGCUUUGAUUGCUUGGUUGAGGAAGAGACCUGGUUGGACAGAUAUUGUACGUGCAGGAGCAACAAGAUUUGCUACUACCUUCCUUUCAUUUGGAAGCCUUCAUGUGCAUAAGCAUGACUUGCAAGCCUUAGUGACUAGCAAGUUCUUUGUGGACAAUAGAUUGGCAAGAGAGUCAAAGACAAAAGAAGUAGUUUCUACAUAUUGGAUAAUUCUUUUUGGGAUGAUAUUAAUGUUCUUGUCAAGAUUUCAUCACCACUCAUUCGUUUGUUACGGAUUGUUGAUUCUGAUCAAAGGCCUGCAAUAG